CCUGGGCGCUGCCCCGGGAGUGGACUGCCCCAGGCGAUCUAGGGCACAGAAGGCGCAGGCGCAGCGGGUUGGGUGACUGCAGCAUCAAGUAGCGGCCUUUUGGCAACUGCAUCUACAACAGGUGUAGACAGGUUUCUUCCGGCUCCACCCUGGAGAGUCCUUUUGAAGAAAUGUCCCUGGUGAGGGGCGGCUGGCUAUGGAGACAGAGCUCCAUCCUCCGCCGCUGGAAGCGGAACUGGUUCGCCCUGUGGAUGGACGGAACCCUGGGCUAUUACCAUGAUGAGAACGCGUUGGAUGAAGAGGACCGUGUGCUCAUCCACUUCAACAUCCGUGACAUCAAGAUCGGCCACGAGUGCCAGGAUGUGCAGCCCCCUGAGGGCCGGAGCCGGGACGGCCUGCUGACCGUGAGCCUGCGAGAGGGCUCCCGCCUGCACCUGUGCGCUGAGACCCGUGAUGACGCCCUAGCGUGGAAGACGGCGCUGAUGGAGGCCCACUCCACCCCGGUGCGCGUUUACAGCCCGUACCAGGACUACUAUGAGGUGGUGCCCCCCAACGCGCACGAGGCGACUUACGUCCGCAGCUACUACGGACCAGCCUAUGCAGGUCCCGGCGGCGUGACACACGUCAUCGUGCGGGAUGAUCCCUGUUACAGCUCCGGCGCCCCGCUGGCCAUGGGCAUGCUGGCGGGGGCCGCCACGGGGGCCGCCCUGGGCUCGCUCAUGUGGUCUCCGUGCUGGUUCUGAGCCCAGGAACCCGAGCGCGCUUGCGGGCGGAGGAUAGC